CAUAGAAGAAGAAAUUUCUCUCAGCCAAUUUUGAUUAUGAAGAAUAAGUUACUUAUGGAUUGUUUAAAAGAUCAAUUGAUUAGUGUAUAUAAUUAGGAAGAAUUUGACUGUACAUCAAAAACCAUGGCAAUGAAAAAUACGAAAUCCAGUUCUUCUGUUAAACUGGACAAAAGAAAAACCAUGCCCAUCAGAACCAUUCCGAUGCCAGUGAUUUUAAGCAACAGUUGGGAUAUUGCUGAGAAAUAUGACGAUUACCUGCGCAUGCUCAGUAAGGAAUAUCCUUCUACGAUGAAGAAUUUGAGAAACGAAAAACGAUUCAUCCAAGGAAAGAAAAACAUUCUGAAUUCUUUGAUAGAAAAGAUUAAAUUGGACAUUAAAGAUAUGCAGGCGGCAACGCUGCAGUUGGAUGAAUUAUACAAAAAGGAACAAGAUUUCACGACAGAGAAGGAAAAAGAAAUGGCCGCGCUGGACAAUCGUCUUCAAGAAUCUCAAGAAAGAAAAGAUAUGUUACUGUUUUUAAUCGAUAAGUUUUCAGUGGCGAAAACUUUUCUCGAUUCUUUGGCGAAGUUGAAUAAUUUCCCAGAUGUUAUUAACUUAGUUCGGUCCUACCUUAUUCUUGAAGCAUUAAAUGAACAAUUCCUACAACUUGAACUUGAGAGUAUGAUGGCAAUGAAAAAAAUUCAAGAUAUGCACUCGGAAAUGGAAAAUCUACUCAAGGAGCAUCGAUCUAAUGUAAUGGAGCUUGAGAAGCGGUACGAAAAUCUCGUAUGUCAACAACAGAACUCUAAAUCCGCCAACUCCGAGCUUCGGCAGUUAUUAGACAACAAACUGAUCUCGCAAAAGGAUGAAGAUGCGUCUUGGGAACAAAUCAAGAGAUGGGCGAGCGGAAUGUGCAAAAAAAUUUCGAUUUAUAAAGAUACUUCCAUUCAACCAAAGGAUUUCAUUAAACAACUGGACGAGAUAUAUGACUUUAUAGAAGCCUCUAAGAAAAUCUUGAAAAAAUAAUGUGAAUGAUUGAAAACUCCUCAGGCCUAUACUGGACAUAUAUGAACUAUUAUAGGCAUUUUAAAAUAUCAUGAACUUCAUUUUCAGUGAAUCGAAUACAAAGGACACGAAGAUGUCAUGUCUACAAUCUCGUACAUUUUGUUUGACAUUCAGAAUUGCCUGUUCAUUCACAACGGCUUUUAUAGGAAAAUUAUAAGAAUUCAGUGUUCUUUAUCUGUUGCAAUUUCAAGGUCACAGUUUUUUAGGAAAAGUUAUUAGGAUUCAGUGUUUUCUUCAUCUGGUGCUGAAUGCUGGUACUUUUUUCAAUAAUAGAUAGUUAUUCAACAUUCGAAAAAAAGUUUCAUCAUGUUUGUGCGGAAUCUUCGUGUGCAGUAAUUUCUGAUAAAGACUUUUUCUGACACCCAAACAGAAUGCGGAAAUUUCUCACUUGUUUUUCUUCUUUCAAAUCCUUUCGCAUAUAUGAGUAAAACUACAUCAGAAAAUUAUCCUUAUCUAAAAAUAAAUAUAAAAACCUUUUAAUUGUAAUUAAAUUUGUUCUAAGCUGUCAAAGCUUUCAGAUCCAAAUAACCAGAAUCCGUAACCAGUAGAGAGCCAUUAUUUGUCUAUCUAACUAGUAGAAACCUUCUCAAUCAAAUUCCAUUAUUUGUAGAGCCAUUGAUCCAACUCGACAGCAGAAAACUGACUAUACAACUAGAAGAAAACUUUUGAAUUGAUUCCAUAGUUAGUAGAAAAUCAUUAAGUUGACUCAUGAAUUAGUAGUGACGAUGAUAAUAUUCGUAAAUAUUAAAGUGAUAAACUGUAUGAUACCUGAGAAAUAAUUGAAGCUGUUUAAAUUUUUAAAACAUUAUUCGGUUUUUAUGCACUCACUACAAGACAAACAUCAGUUGUUUGAGAGGAUACAGCUUAUCUUUUGGAAGAGAAUGUACCAAAUCCUCUUGCAAAUAAAACUUUUAUUCGUAAUAAAAGAUAGAAUAUUGUGAAACAGUGCAUGCAAAAAGUUGCAGAAGAUACUCACAACACAAUGAGUGUUGAUUGUGAAAGACUAAGUUGCGUACAGCUUCGACAUAAGUCUAAGAAUCAAUGGUGAGGUGCACAUCUGUUUGGAAAUUUGUUACCCACUUCAUAAUAUUGGGUCAAGAAUUGAUGGCGGCUUUGGACCAAUCUACAUCAUUCACCAAAUUGAGUUAGGUAUUCUGUAAUGGAAAUUUUCUUUAUUCAAGACCACGGUGAUUAACAAGAGUUUUAAUUGCCCUAUAUUAGAUAUUUAUCAAAAGGUUUAAUUUGAAUGUUUGUAAAAUAAGAUUUUGGAAGGUCUA